AUGGCCAUGUCAAGGCGCACCCAACCCAAACCAAACCGGAGGAAGCUCCGAAAGGGGACUCAUAGCUGCUGGGAAUGCAAGAGGCGGAAGAUGAAGUGCAUAUUCAACGCGGUCACCGAUGCCGCCUGUAACGGCUGUCUGCGACGGGGCUCUGAAUGCGUCAGCCAGGAGUUCCCCGAGGGUACCUCGCUCGCCCUAAACGGGACUUCCAAGAUGCGUCGUCGCCUUGCCGGGGUUGAAACACGAAUCAAUAAUCAGUUGACGCCGCACGCUGAUGUGUACGGAGCCGAUUAUCCGAGAAGAACGCCCACACCAUCUGACGAAGACGGUGGGUUAGUAGACGAUGGUGUUCCCGCACCGACGGAGGCGAGUUCCGGACCCCCACGGCGGGUAACCUACUCCAGAUCUUCCAAUUAUCGUACCUCCAUGCAUGACACCAUACCCGGUGAUCGUCGGUUGUUCGAGACUCAAUCUACUACUGAUAUGACAGUCUCAAAUGGCAAAUGUGGGAAGCUUUCUCGGCUUCUGUACGAAUCGUUACCCUCGCGAGAAGAUACGCACAAGAUAUGCGAAGCUAUUCGGCGUCCUUCUGUCCUCAUCCACGAAACACUAACCAUCCCGUAUACUAUCCUCGGCCAGACUGGCCUGAAGACGCCCGAAAGCUUGCUAGAAUUUCCUGGGCCUGAUUCGCACCCUAUCCUCAUCGCUAGACAUAUGCUUAGGCUUGCAGCAUUCUUACUGCGUCUUCACCCUGACAUCCACGAAGAGAUCAAAGGACUGUCGGAAUCGCCACGAGACAUGAUGGAACGAUUAGCAGACCUCGCCAUUAAUCUCGUCACCACGAAUGAUGAACUUCUCGGCAGCAUUGAGAGUCUUGAGUGCAUCAUGACCGAGAGUAUGUAUCAAAUCAAUAACGGAAAUCUCCGACGGAGCUGGAUCGCCGGCCGGAGAGCUAUGAGCAUCGCACAACUAAUGGGUCUCAACCGGUCGGAUAAUCGGGCUCAGUAUAUUGUGCUCGAUCCUCAGACAAAAUAUGAUCCGCAACUUAUGUGGUUCCGAAUCGUCUUCCUCGAUCGCAAUCUAUGCCUAAUGUUGGGCCUCCCCCAAGGAUGCCUCGAUCGCAGCAUGGCAUCCGAAGCGAUGCUCGCAAACGAUACUCGCAUUGGGCGUCUCGAGCGGAUACACUGUGUCGUCGCCUCUGGAAUCCUAGAGCGUAACAACGAAUCUGACCCAGGCUCGGAUGGUCUCGCCCUAACAAAAACCCUAGACCUCGAGUUGCAGAGAGCAGCCAGGCGUCUCCCAAGCAAGUGGUGGCUAACACCGACCCUAGACACCGCUUCGACCAACAGCCAGACUCUGUUUUGGGACACGCGGCGACUGUUUACCCAGGUACUCCAUUUUAACCUCCUCAAUCAACUCCAUCUGCCUUACAUGCUUCGCUCUUCGUCAGCUGAACGUAAAUAUGACUAUUCUCGAAUCACCUGCGUUAACGCCUCCCGUGAGAUCCUCUCGCGGUUCAUCGCACUACGCAGUUUCAAUAGGAUCGCUUACAGCUGCCGCACAAUCGACUUUUACGCCAUCAUGGCCGGCAUAACCUUGCUGCUGGCCCACUUAGACAGCCACCGCUCAGGCCCAGAGAACCUCUUAGCCCACCAGUAUCUCGGUGAUCGCGCUAUGGUCGAACGAGUGCAGGAGAAUAUGGCAGAGGUAAACCGCAUCAGUUCCGACGCGCUCAGCGCUCAGAGUGCCGAUUUGCUUGGCCGACUAUUAGCUAUCCAGUUUGAGACGACGGAUGGUUACUCCUCCGGUGCUAGGAAAGUGAGUGUGGAGGAGGCAGGGUCCAAAAUGGUGGUGCCGGGUCAGGACGAUAAUACCACGGUCAGCGUCCAUAUUCCUUACUUCGGUAUAAUCAAGAUUGCUCGCGAGGGCAUGAGCAAAGAGAUACCAAAACUACGGACCACACCAACGGCCACUCGUCCCGCUCAGUCACAGGCAGAAGGUAGGUCUUGCGCGGUCAGCCUAGAAACCCCCGAGGUAGAAUGCCGGACAUCCACGCCUAGGAACGACUGGUCCAGUAAAGACACAGACGCCGGAGUUACUAUACCUCUUGGCGCCACGAACGGCCGCGUCGAGACACCGUCAAUGAUGGCCCUAGAGGUGCCAGACACAUCCACAAAGACGCAGACACGGCCCGCGGCGAUUUCGGGCUCGGUUAUUGUAACGGAUAAUAUAGCUACAGAUUUUCCAUCGCUGCUACAAGAUAGCCGAUCCAAUACUCUCUUGCCAUAUUGUGAUUAUCCCGGGCUGGCUGCGGGGGGCGAAGACUGGGCAUUCCAGGGCGUCGAUAUGGCUUUCUUCGAGAGCCUAAUGAGGAGCGUGGACAAUGAGGGAAACGAGGACGCGGAGCGGACUACGUGUCCAGGGUGGGCAUAA